UUGUAAAAACUCAAGCAUUGUUCUGUUCAAUCUACCUGUUUAAUUUGUGUCUCUGAUGAAUAAGAUGAGUAGGCUAUGAUCUUGUAUUGGACCAUGUUUGUGGUUAUUUAUGUAAAUAUUCAGAGUAAACCACAAAGAGAAGCUGCUACUUAAAAGGAAAUGACAAGCAGAAAGAGUAUUGCCACCUGCUAAACUCCAUUUAUGAUUCUGCAGCAGGCUGUUUCUGUUGUGUGAACAAGAGAGCCAUGGAAACAUUCACAUUAGACACAUUAUCAACGACUGACUAUUAUUAUGAUGAUAGCAUCCCCCUUCCAAAUCAUUCCUCAUUUGGCCAACCAUCGGAUCCGUCAGACAGUUCACAAGGGGGCUGGGUCAUUCUCCUUGUGGUCAAUGUGGUUAUCCUACUGCUUGGGGUUUUUGGGAAUGGGGUGGUCAUCUGGAUCGCUGGUCUCAAGAUGAAAAAGACUGUCAACACCACCUGGUACCUCAGCCUGGCCAUCUCCGACUUCAUAUUCUGUGCCUGUCUCCCCUUCAACAUAAUCUCCAUGGUAACAAAGGAGUGGAUCUUAGGGCUCUUCAUGUGCAAGUUCACCUCUUUUGUGAUGUUCCUCAACAUGUUCAGCAGCAUCUUCCUCCUGGUCGUCAUCAGUGUUGACCGUUAUGUACUUGUCGUAUUCCCAGUUUGGGCCCAGAACCAGCGAACUGUGAGGAGGGCCUCUGUAGUUGUGGUUCUUGCCUGGGCUAUCUCUGUUGUACUGAGCAUUCCCUCCACAGUGUUUCGUCAGGUAACCACAGAUGGCACAACAAAGUGCUUUAAUGAUUACCCAUACCGAAACCGUCACAUAAUUGUAGCUGUCAGUCGAUUUGUCAGUGGCUUUGUGCUCCCACUCUUCAUCAUCAUCUUCUGCUACUCUGUCAUCAUCCUGCGACUGAGGACCAACAGGAUGACCAGGUCCUCCAAACCCUUCAGAGUCCUGACUGCACUGAUAGCCAUGUUUUUCAUCAGCUGGCUUCCAUACCAUGUCUUCAUCAUUCUGGAAUCUGGAGCCAGCGAUCAAACUUCUCUAACUGUUAUUCAUGAAGGGCUAAAGAUAUCUGCGACUCUGGCUAGUGCAAACAGUUGCAUGAACCCAUUUCUGUAUUCAUUCAUGGGCAAAGACUUCAAGCAGAAAUGCUGGAACUCUUUCCUUUCUACGAUUGAAAAUGCUUUUGAUGAGGAGGAACGCUCUUCAAGGAGUAGAAGGACCUCUUUCUCCCAGGCUGAUUCAAAAGUUCAUACAAAUGUCUGAUUGCCCUAUAAUUACAGUAUUUGUUGAAAGGCAAACUUAUGCCCCUUAAGUAGAUUUUAUGUAUUGCCAAUACAAUAACCCAUUAAGGUCCAUGGUUGUGACAAUAUCAGGUUUGCUCUGUGUUAUCUUAGCCAAAUGUAAUGCAAACAAUGCACACUUUUUAACCAUGAGGAAAUAACACAUUUAAAUGUGUUUUCUGUAACACCCACACAAUUCUUGUAACAGUAUUGUUCAAAUGUAGUUUAACGUAAUUUUCAUCACCACUCAAGUAAUAUAAGCAACAAUAUUGUACUGUAUAUUAACAGUAAGUUAGCAGCAUGUGCAUUUCCUGCCAUGCAUCACCCAUCUUUUGGUUGACAGGUUUUUGUGUAAUCAGAUUUGUACUAUGAAAUGUAAUUCAGCCCACAGUUUCCAACACUCAUCUGUCAGGUCGUCUGCUGUGACACUGAAAGGUCAAGUGUAAUUACAUAUCCUAUAGAGGAGCUGAGAAUCUUAUUGACGAGCCCUGUGUUUAUACUUCACAAAACCGCUGUAUGUCAACUAUUUAUUUUGGAUGAGCGUGAAGCCAUUGGAACUUCAUACUGUACUAAUAUCCCUUACAAAUUGUGAAAUAGCUGUUUUCACAUGUUGAGCUGAAACUUUCUCAUGUGAAUCCAUAUGUUCACAUGAAUUACAUUUAGAGUUCACAAGUUAACACCACCUUUUCACAUGUGAGGAGAAUAACAUGUUUUCCCCUCACGUGAAUUGCAAGUUCACGUGAAAAAUGCAGUUUCACAUGUAAAAAACAUUCAUGUAAAAAUCUAACUUUCACAUAUGUAAUUGCAAGUUCACAUAUGGGGUGAAAUAGUGUUAUUCUCCUCCCAUGUUAAGAGGUGGUGUUAACAUGUUGCAGUAACAAUGUUUCCACAUGUGGAAUUGCAAAUUAUGUAAUGCCAUUCUGUAAAAAGGUAACUGAGUAUAAUAAUUCCAGUGUGUUAAAAAAUAAUUAUGGAGCCAUCGAUUUUUAUUGUAUUCCUCCGUGGUGUUGCAUUGAUAUACAUGUAUACUUAGCGCUACCACUAGGGGGAGGCAUUCGGAGUGUUACUGCUGCAGGCGCAUGCCUCGCUUCUUCAUACGUUGGUCUGUGAGCUAGCUAGCUCGCUGUUUCUCCUUUUUUUUAAUAUUCUGUUUUCCGGAUUGUAUUCAUGGUUACGUUUUCAAAAUCUAGAGAUAACAUUUUUAACUGAACUGUAAUUAGUUUUCUGGUCAUUUUGAUGUAUAUUUAAAUUGUUUUGACCAAGUGAAAAACAAGUAUGUUUUUUUACAUUAACAUGAGUAUAGACAAGCUAGCUAAGUAACUAGCUAGCUAUAUCACUUUUGUGUGCAAGUCAAUGAUAACAUGUUGGCAUCUGAUUAUUUUUGUUAUUUCUUUUAUACUUUUUGGGGCUUUUAAAUGGUAAAAAAAAUACAAACAAGGGCUCAUAUUGAGCGUAUUUCCAUGUGUACAUAUGAACCACGCUAAUUAUAUGUAUUUUAGAAUGCAUUUUUUUAUUAAAUCUAUAUCUAAUAGCCGCAUGCUAAUUUCUAACUGCUAGCUAGCUGCCAUUUCGUCCUAGCUAGCUAGUUUUAGCUUCUAUUAUAUUAAUGUAUUUGAAAUGUGUGAAUGUGUUUGCUAUUGGAAUGAAUGUAAACAGAUAAUUUUCUACAAAAAUAUGAUUUUGAAUUUGAACGGUCAAUAUUCUGAGAUUGAGUGAAAUGUGGAAUAAAUAUACAUUGGAAGAGAACCCUAGCGAAAAUAA